ACCCUUCAAAAUAUUACUCUAGAAAAUGGCAAAGAGGGCGCUAUCCAACCUGGUUUCCCGGGGCAUUGCUCAUUCCUUUGAGUCAAGGGUGAUAUCAAUGCAACACUUUGGGCAAAGUUUAAAGUAUUCAACAAAGAUAAGUGGUGAUUCAGAUACACAUGAAGAUUUUCGUUCGACCAAUAAACUGGAAGGCUCUGGAAUCUCUGUGCAGGAUGUUGUUCAACAGGAUGUUAAGAUAAAUCCAGUGAUGAUUUAUAUGAAGGGUGUUCCUGAUGCUCCUCGCUGUGGAUUCAGUGCAUUGGCUAUCAAAGUUCUGCAGCAAUACAGAGUUCCCAUAAGUUCUAGAAAUAUUCUGGAAGAUCCUGUUCUUAAAGAGGGUGUAAAAGCUUUUAGAUUGUCACUGCUAUUGAUGGGUUAUAGGAUAAACUCGUAA